AUGCAAGAACAAAACGAACAAGAUUUUGUUACACUUGAUGAUUGGGAUUUCGAUGUUGAAGAGGAAACAACAAAUGUUGUUUACGUUAAAGAAACAAUAGAUGAUAACAAGAAAGCGAGGAGUUCAUCGAUUCCUUCACUCAACAUUCUGAAAGACUUUGGAAAUGGAUUUCGAAAACUGAAGGGACAAAAGAUCAAUGUUCACACUAGUGAAAGCGCGUAUGCGCCAAGGGUUUGUAAAUUAUCAACAGAUGAAAUUCUUCGUCUAGGUGGACAAAAGUUCAUUCAAUCCACUGAAUCAUCAGUUUCUGGACUUGAUCAUCCAUUUGGUGGCGCGUUGUUUAGCCUUCGUGAUGAAGAUUAUUCUAGAAGUGUGGAACUCGUUGAGCGCCUUCUUGCUUCAGCAGAGAAAGUGGAGGAGAAGUUGUUUGAUCGCGCGAUCAACCUUUUAAAUGAAUGUGAAAAGUUGAGUUCCAAAUCGGGUAACCCUGUGGAGAGGUUGGUGUACUAUUUCUCUGGUGCUCUACGUGAGCGAGUUGAUAGAGAAACCGGUAAAGAAAGCACAAAAAGUGUAGGUUUACAUGACAUGCAAGAUCUUCAGAACGCGUUAAGAGGUAUAAACGCGUGCACUAUUGCAGUUCAGGACAUGCCUAUUUGUCAAGUAGUAAAGUUUGCUGGAAUUCAAGCUAUCGUGGAGAACAUAGGGAACGCGAAAAAGGUUCAUAUAAUUGAUCUCGAGAUCAAAAUGGGAGUCCAAUGGACGAUCCUAAUGCAAGCAUUAACAACUCAUCCCAAAAACUCUCAAAAUCAUCUCGAGUAUCUCAAGAUAACUGCAUUAUUAUCAGGUGUUGAUCAAUCGAGGACUAAUGUUGAGGAGACGGGUAAAAGACUCAUGAGCUUUGCUGAGUCCUUCCACAUCGCGUUGUGUUUCAAGAUUGUGGAGGUAGAAGAUGUCGCGGAUCUCAAGAGAGAAGAUCUAGACAUCGAUCCUGAUGAAGUCAUUGCAGUUUACUCGCAGUAUUUCAUGUCAAACUUGUUAACACAACAGGAAAAACUCGAUUCCUUGAUUGGAUUUAUCGGGGGCUUGAACCCUCGUAUAAUGAUUGUUGCAGAGGUCGAGGCAAAUCUAAAUUCUCCGGUUUUUGCUAACCGGUUCAUUGAAGCGCUGUUCUAUCACGGUGCUUUCUUUGAUUUGUUCGAAGACUGUAUGAAAAAUGACGAGUCAACAAGGAUGGCAAUGGAAUCGGAGGUAAUGUGGCACGGUAUAAGGAACAUUAUCGCGGUUGAGGGGGAGGAAAGGCGUAUAAGGCAUGUAUCGAUCCAGUUAUGGAGGGAGUAUUUUAAGCGAUUCGGAAUGGUGGAAAUUAGAAUGAGUAAUUCGUCGCUGUACCAAGCGAAAGUCGUGGUAGACAAAUUUAGUGGUGGGAACUCUUUCACGCUUCAAAUGAAUGAAAAUUAUCUCGCGAUUGGUUGGAAAGGGAUUCCUUUGAAUUCACUCUCCGCGUGGAAAUUCCGUAAAAGAAACCCUUUUCACGGAGUCUACCUCACUCUUUAA